UAUAGGUUACCUAUUGCAAGGAGUCCUGGGCACAACAGUGAUCCCAUUAUGUGGACCUGGUGAGAUGGAGAACUGCACAACAGCACUAAUCCAGACGGAGAACAGCCCACGUGUGGCUCAAGUGGGGAUAGCAAGAUGCCAGCCUGAAAUGAAGGACUACUGCUUUCACGGACAGUGCGUGUACAUAGUGGACUUGGAUGAGCACUACUGCAGGUGCGACGUCGGCUUCUCUGGUGUCCGAUGUGUGCAUUCGGAACUUGUCAGGCAGCCCCUCAGUAAGGAGUACGUGGUACUGACGGUUGUCGUCGUUGUGCUUUUCCUCACUGCCCUCUCCGUCGCGUGCUACUACAUCUGCAGGAGGUACCGAAGGAAGAAGAGACAAACGAAUGCCAGCGAGUACAAGGAAGUUGGUACCCUGUAGAAGGAACGGUGGCUUCCUACAGUGUUGAGUUCAUCUGGAUGGACUCGGUGGCUUCCCAUCUAUUUAAAUGUUAUUUUUAUUAAUGAUAUUUACAAUAUUUAUAUCCUUUUAAAAAUUUCAAUGGUUUGGUGAUCCAAUCAGUACAGGUCAAGCGUUUUGUUUUCAGUGUUUUAUUUUUUUAUUAAAUAAUAUUUCCUAAUGAGAACCCCACCUGUGUGGUUCUGUGGGAUAGAGAUAUAUUUUUAUAAAAACUCAUCUUCUUACUCUGAAGAGUAAUUUUAUAUUUAUUCUUGUGAAUAUGCUCAAAACAAUUGUACUCCUAGAAAUAAAAGUUCUACACAAAG